UGAUUUGACGUUCAUGGUUAGAAAACCGGUUAGCAAAUAUACAAAACAGACAAACACAGGUAAAUGACCUCUUAUUUAAAACAGAAACAUUUCGUGGGAAUAAAAUGUAAAAGUUUUAAGUUUAAGUUUCAUGCAGUGUUUCCUGCUCUUUUUCUGUUUCCUGAAGCUGCUAGCUAGACCAUGGAUGUCAGUCAAGAAGACCUGAGCAAACUGAGCAUCAACAACUCCUCUGAGGAUAUUGAAUUAGAUCAUUCUUUUCAAGAAGAUUUUUACUCAUCUGCUGAUGAAGAUCAUGCCGAUGAAGAUGAUGUUUCAGAUAAAAUCCCAGAAUCAAUGCUCAAAUAUUUUGAAGCCUCCGAGAACAGAGCAAGUCAGUUUGAAAAGCUCAUCCUUGAGGACAAUGAAGAUGAUGAUUCCAGAGCGGCUGAGGUGUAUUCCAUAAUUUCAAGUCGUUCUGAAGACCUUUUAAUGGAACUGGCCUCUGACUUAGGCCUACACGAGGACCCAGUGAAGUUAAAAGAACAAGUCAUGUUAGAGAUGGAGGAUGAGAAGUUGAACGCUAUCCCCAACAAGGCCUGCCCUCACACUGUAUCUGACAGUGACAUUACAGACAGAGUGCCACACAACAGUGAGGAUGAUAUUGAAUGUGAUGCAUAUUUAAGGUCUGAAAAGCAACUCAGUUUGGAACUGAAAACUUUGGAGUGUAAGUUGAAAGAGGAGGAUGAGAGGAGAAUUGUGGAAUACGAGGUGGAGCGAAAGAAGGAGCAGAAUGAGCAGAGAGAAAAGGAGGAGGGGAGGAAACGCAGACAGAGAGACUUUGAGGAGGAGCUGAGGCAGAUAGAAGAGGACAAUAGGUAUCGCCCUACAGGCAUGGAGGAGAUGAGAGAAAGAGAGGCAGAAGAGAAGCUUCAACAAGAGCUUUUCAAACAGCAGGAGCUGAUCAGCAGCCUCCAGAGACAGAUGGAGGAAGAGAGGAGGGCCUUUGAGAAGGUGCAGGAGGAAAAGAGGAGGAAGACCCACCAGUCUCGAUGCAGGGCGGCCAUCACUAUCCAGGCUGCCCUCAGAGGCGUCCUGGCACGCCGGUGGACCAGGGCUGAGCUCCACCGCAGAAGAGAGGAACAAAGAAGGUCUGAGGAGGAGAGGAACAGGAGGGAGGAGAGGUGGAGGAGGGAACAGGAGGAGCAGCGGCUGAAGCAGGAAAAGGAAAACAGAAGGAGAGAGUUGGAGGAGCAAGCGCUGAAGAGGAGGAGCUUAGAGUAUGAGAGAGCCAAAGAAGAGGAUCGAGUCCGUAUGGAGAGAGAGAGACAGGAUGAGGAGGACAGAAGAAAGAGGGAGGAUCAGGAGAACAGAAAGGAGGGAGAGAGAAGAAAAGGGGAGGAGAAGAGAAAGAAGCAUGAAGAAGAGAAGAGAAAGAAAGAAGAGGAGAAGAGAAGGAAAGAAGAGGAGAAGAGAAAGAAGGAGGAGAGGAGAGAGAAGGAGGAGCAGAUUAGGGAGGAGAAAGACAAGCAAGAAAGGGAGGAGGAGCGGAGAAAAAGACAGGAGAAUGAGGAGGAAAAGGAGAAUGAAAGAAAAAGCAAGGAGGAGGAAGAGAUUAGGAUGGAAUCAGAUGAGAGGAAACCAAAGAGCCUGCAAAAGCUGGAGACAGGAAUAGUGAAGGAGGAAAGUCAAAACCCGAGUGAGGAAAAAGCCAGAGAGGAGAAAUCAGCCGCCACUGAAUGUUCCCCCACUGCCAGCUCUCCCCCCAUUGACCCCAGCACCUCAGCCCCUCAGUCUGCCUUUGAGCGUAUGAGUGUAUUUCUACCAGAGCAGACGGAGCAGAGGAGACUGGCCUGGAUGAGGGACUGCACUUCCUGGUCCAAACUCUCCCUGCAGAACAAGAGGAAGCAGCAGCAGGGGGUCAGGACCCAGAGGAGGAGGGGGGCGAGGAGGGCCGCUGAGGGGAGCGGUUUACCCCUCCUCUGCCCAGAAACACUCCUUCAGUCUGGGGCCUGGAACUCCCCUCAGGAGGUGACCACAGUUGUUCUGGAGGAUCUCCCUGGCUGUAGCCUCUCUACUUUGUCCCAAUGCCCCAGACUGCAGACCCUCACCAUGAGACGCUGUGGCCUUAAAUCCCUGGAGGGCCUCAGUCAAUGCACAGAGCUUCGCUACAUCGAUGUACAGGACAACUCAAUCACGUUUGUGGACUGUGAGAAUCUGGCUAACCUCCAAGUUCUUCGACUUGGCCGGAACCGUCUGACAUCCAUCCAUGGUCUGGCUGGUGCUGUGGAUCUGGACGUUCUGGAGCUCUCGCACAACUCCAUCACCCGCAUCGGUGGUCUGGAGCCAUUGAAGAGGCUGCAGAAGUUAUUGUUGGACCACAACCAGCUGAUUAGUACUAGAGGACUGAGAGAGGUGUACACGCUGCUACACCUGGACUUGUCUCACAACCAUCUGUCCAGUGUAGAGGGCCUGGACAACUGUGCUCUGCUCAACACCCUGGACCUGACAGGAAACAAUCUGACUGAGCUACCCAGUCUGAGGAACCAGGUCCUCCUGGUGGAGCUCCAUCUGGAGGACAACAGCAUCUCCUCACUGGAGGGCCUGACAGCCUGCUGGCUCCCCCUGAUGCAGCUCCUCUCUGGGGCCCAAAACAGUAUAACCCAACUGCCAUCACUGUGUCAUUUUGUGUCACUGGAGAAGCUGGACAUCAGAGACAACUGCCUCUUAGAGCUGCAGAACCUGUGUGAGAGUCUGCAGGGAUGUCCACUCCUCCGAGAGGUCCAUCUCACUGGGAAUCCCCUUCAGCAAGAGUCCAUGUGGAGGUCCAGUCUGCAGAGGGCUGUGCCGGGUCUACAGGCCAUAGACGGGCAGCCUGUCUGCUCCUCUCCAGCGCUCCCUGGUCCUGGUCUAGUCACGGCCCUGCUGCCUCAGAACAGCUAUCUAGCCUUCUGUCAGGCACAGCUCCAGCAGCUCCACACACUGCAGCACAGCCACACGGCACAACUCAGCGGUGCUCUCCCUCCCCUGGAUGCUCUGAGGCUCUCCCUCCAGCUCCAUGAUGAAGCUGUACAGCUGGCUGAGGAGCACAGAUACGCUCACGAAUAUGGAGACACCAGCAUCACCGACAAACAAGAUGACAGUCACAGGAGUGACACCGCCAGGGUUAGCAGGAUCCCUGCCGAAAAGUCCGAUGUAGAGGGUAUGGACAGACAUGGUGGUGUCAUGAACAGGAAGCAACCUGAAAAUAAGUCCUGUGGAAACACAAACACCUGGCCACAUGUGGUUCCCCUCAUCAGCCCAGCCAAUGACAACAGUGAAAAGCAGCCUCAGCCCCCAGCAUACAGAUCAUUCAGCAGUCUAGGGACUGUGUCCACUAGGCCCGAGUUGAAGCCAGCAAGCUACACAAGUUCCAGCUCUACCUUCUCCGAGGAAAAAACGUCCCAUGCUUCUGCCAAGCCCAGCAGUUCACCCUUCCCCAAAGCUCACAUCAAGCUGGACCUCAAAAACAUGGCAGCUGUGGUGAUCCAGCGCCACUGGAGAGGACACAGAGGACGUCAGAGGAUCCAGCUGCGUCCACCUCCAGGAGAGGAGCAAGGAGGAAGAAGAGGAAGAGAGAGGGGAAGAGUAGACACAGGACCCAGCCAUACUGGGUCAGAGCAGAGCCGUCUGGAACCAGAUUACGCUGCAACUGCCAUCCAGGCGAUUUGGAGAGGCUUCACCCUGAGGAGGAGGCUGGCUGCUGCUCUGGCCCAGGCUCGGGGCUUCAACCCCGGGGAUCACGAGGCCUUCGAGGAGGUGAACGUGGAUGAAUUUGUCUUUGAUGAGAUGGCGCUAGAGAGAGACUGGAUGAUGACUUCGCUGCUGUCUGACUAUUCACCUCCCAAAACCCUCCUUCAUCCUCCUCCGUUCCCAGACCAGCUGCUUGGUCCAAUGCGUCCUCUGAAUCUUCCAGAUGCCAACCAGCAGACCAGCCCACCUGUUCUUCUGUGGAAGCCCAAGCAGGCCUGGAUGGGUGGGGAGAGAGCAGAGCCUGCUGAGCAUAGAGUUUCCCUUGACAGCAUCAGCAGAACUAAAUCUCCUGUCUCUGCGUCAGGGCUCAGUGGUCUUUCUGAGAGAUCUCCUGCUUCUGUGUCAGGGCUCAGUGGUCUUUCUGAGAGAUCAGAGAAGAUUCUGGAGGAGUGGGGGUUCAGAGACAGCCACACUGCUCUGAUGAUGCUGAAAAGAGCUCAGAAGAUGAAGUCUAAGAAGCAGAGGCAAAGAAAACUAUUGGACCCAACUGUACGCCUGGCCCUUUUCAGGAACCAUAGCAACCAUCACGCCCCUAUGGAAGCACCAAAGAAGCCCUCUCCAGAGAGGAGAGACUACAUUAAAGCUCACCAGGCAGAACUAGCCCUGGAGGGAACAGGCAGAUUGGACCAAACACGGUUAAACCAGCAAGCACCAGCGAGGGUGGACCAAAUGCUGUUGAACCAGGACGCAACAGAGAGAGUGGACCAAACACUGGUGAACCAGGAACGCACUUACCAGUGGCUCCACACCCAGCCUGUGCACUCUGACAGCAGACGCCCUGAGAGUGAUGGUUUCCUCCCAGAGAUUGACCCAGACAUACUGAAAGGAGGCAGAGUGCAGCUCGUGGCUGUAGCAGGGUACAGAGAAGGUCCAGACCAGGCCCCAAAGUCGCGGGCCAGCGGAACGUCAACCUCCCCGCCUCACAAAGAACACAAUGAAGCUCGGAGAAACUUUAUGGGGCAACUAAACAAAGAAGCAUCUUCUCCCCAAAGAGUGACCUCUGCCUCAUCUAAAAAGGAGCGCAUGUCUUUCCGGGAUAACCCUGUCCAGAUGAGUGGUGGCUGGGGAGGGGGCAAAAAAAGGGACAAACUGCACAAGUAACAAGACAUUUGUUAAUUACCAAGAAACUGGUUUAGCUUUAUUCACUGUAUGUCCAAAACAGUAAGCAUGACAACCAUUAUUCUGUUCACAGUAACGUUUUGACAGUCCCAUACAGUAUAUGCAUUAUGUUGACAUUUCAUUCAUUCUGCAACGUUUUACUUUUCUCCCCUCAAAAGUUUUCAUUGUCAUUAAUCUCCUAUACUGAAAUGUCAUGCAGCUGCCUUUUCACUCUCAGAUCUGGCUUGGCCUCCGUGGGUCUUCUGAAAAUUAAUUAAAAGCAAUGGGAGAAGCCCAGCCCAAAUAUCUGCAGGCGUUUUCAUGCUGGUCAUUAUGCAUGGAUAUCGCUGCCUUAAUGCGACCUCAGCCAACACCGGAACGCAUGGAGCAAAGUCCCAAACGCUCAACAAAUCACACGCUUAAUAUGCAGACAAUGGUUAGAAAUAAGAAACAGAACAUUUCUAUUCUAAUUGUUAGGAUGUUUGUAUUUUGAUUUCAUUUAGAUUUAUUUUACAAGCUUUCCAGACCAGUCUCUGCUGCUGUGGCCUUUGGUAAAAGAAAAUAUAGAAUUUAGAAUUGGGUCCCGUGUGGCUGAGUUGGUAGAGCAUGGCACUUGCAACACCAGGGUUGUGGGUUUGAUUCCCAUGGAGGACCAGUAUCUAGUAGCUGGAUAAGAGCAGCUACUAAAAUGUACAUGUAGAAGGUGUCUUAUCUUAGAUGUUGCAUGUCUAAGAAAAAAUGUGCUUUUUUAAUGCUACUUGUUUCUUGCUUAAGUUGAUGAAGUGGCACUUUUACUCAGCUGUUAAUAAUCAAGGUAAAUACAUUUUAGAUUCUAAAAUAAUGAUUAAAUUCAAGUUUCUUUUUUGAUUUUACUAUCAUAUAGACUGAGUGUUCAAAACAUUAGGAACAACUGACAUAGGUGAAUACAGGUGAAGGCUUUGAUCCCUUAUUGAUGUCACUUGUUAAAUCCACUUCAGUCAGUGUAGAUGAAAGGGAGGAGAAGACAGGUUAAAGAAUGAUUUUUAAGCCUUGAGACAAUUGAGACAUGGAUGUGUGACAUUCAGAGGGUGAAUGGGCAAGACAAAAGAUUGAAGUGCCUUUGAAUGGGGGGGGUAUGGUAGUAGGUGCCAUGCGCACCGGUUUGAGUGUGUCAAGAACUACAACGAUGCUGGGUUUUUCACACUCAACAGUAUCCCGUGUUUAUCAUGAAUGGUCCAUCACCCAAAGGAUAUCCAGCCAACUUGACACAACUGUGGGAAGCAUUGGAGUCAACAGGGCUUUCGACACCUUGUAGAGUCCAUGCCCUGACAAAUUGAGGCUGUUCUGAGGGCAAAGUGGAAGGUGUUCCUAAUAUUUCGUACACUCAGUGUAAAUACAGUACACAGUAGAGUCUGCCGAUUUGGACUAAAUCUGGAGUUGCAGAUAUCCAGAGAUGUUAUCCAGACAGCGUGUCAGAGCAGCCGCAGCUUUGAGUAAAGCGCAAACAUUGGUGUUACAAUUGUGUUUUUUAUUUUUUAUUACCAAUGGUUCUUGUUCUGUGUAUUUGAAUUUGGAUUUCAGAUUCCAUCCAACCACAAACACCGCCUUACCAAAGCGGCUAACCCUGGGGUUGAAGGUUCAUCGCUUGUCUGUUGGCUGUAAAUGAUCUGUUAAUGAAUGUGAAAACAAAUAGAUGGAGCUGGAGAGGAGAGUGGCUCCCUGGCAGGAAAUGCUUGUCCCUCUAUUUAUUUUAUCCUCCCUUCACUUUCAUAUUUCUCUCUCUGGUCUCUGGUGGGGUUUUGAUUGUCUUCAGCCCAUCAGGAAUUUAGUCUACAGACAGGACCAGUGCUGUAUCAUGACUAGUACCAGUUGUGCUGGUGGUGGUCCUGCCCAGCCCAUUAGGACUGUUAUGGUUUGAAACCCAAGAGCACUGUUCUCCUUCAGGGGGAGAUUGAACUCCUGUCCCCCUCGGGAGAAGCCUGGGGCUUUUACCUGGUGAUUAUUUUCUCUUUUGGCACAUAGCAUGGUGUUAUCAGCAAAUAUUUGGAAUGGUGAGGAUUCUAUUGUUUACCCUGUCCACCAAACACUGUCUUCCCAUAAGUUAGUUGUUGUUUUGCUUAAAUGAACAUUAACAUCGACUAAUACCUCAAUACAUUUUCAGGCCACUCAUUUGAAGGACUUUUCAUAAUGCUCAGGAUGUACUCACCUAAAUACCCUUACGUGUGUUGCUAGGAUUGGGUGUGUCUGUCCCAGUUGGUUUAUCACCCAUUAUUAUCUUUAACAGGACGUUGUUAAAUUCUGACUGUAUGCUGUCUUUCAUUAUAAAGUAGUGGAGGAAUUCACUCCUCAACGCCUGGCUGCACACAAUGUCUUCAGGUCCUGUAUCCGUUUAUUUGCCUAAUAGAUUUCAUUAUACGUAAUCACCCCAAGCUCACAUUUGUGGUAAAAUAAGUGUGUCAUAUAUUAGUCAUUUAGACAAGAACAUUAGAGGGUUGAGAGAGAGAAGAUAUCAUGAUGUGAGUCUGUCUGUUCCAAAUAUGUAGGUUGAUGUUUAUUGUUAUGAGUUUUAUCCUGGAGGCAAAACUGAGAGAUUUCCCCUUAAUCAGGCCAGCUGCAAAGUCGAAAUUGGCUAUAUUGUAAAAAUGAAUGAAAUCAAAAAUGGGCUUUUUGGUCUUAAUUUAAGGUUUAGGUUAGGCAAUAGAGUUAGCAGAGCGGUUAAGGUUAGGGUUAUGUUUAUGUUUAAAAUCAGAUUUUAGACUUUGUGGCUGUGCUAGCUAGUGAGCACUCUGUAGGGCAGCCUCCAGAACAAGAUUCAUGAUGAAAAACGCUUGUAUAACAGAUAAAGGAGGAGGCCUGAAGAAGAGCCCGGUGUCAAACUGUUGUUAUCUUGUUCUCUAGUCUAUCUAUGCCAAUGAGUGGACAAAACCAUCAUUCACGUGACACCAUUCAUUCCUAUAUGAAGACUCAAUAGCACACUGGUACAAUGAUUGUCU